AUGAAUCUACCUUUUAAAAAUCAGAUUAAGAAAACAUUUACAGAUCAUGAUAUUACAGAUUCGGGAAUGAUAGGCGGAGAAUAUCUACUGAAAGCACUGGUAUCCCUUAAUUUGCCUGCUGAAGAAUCAGAUCUGCCAGAUUUACUCGAGUCCGUGGGUCGAGAAGAGGAGGGUGCUGUCAAUCUGGAUGAUUUUAUUGAUAUAGUCACGGAAUUGCAGGAGGUGGAUGAAGAAAUGGAGGGGGAUGAGGAGGACUUUGUUAUGGAAGAAGUUGAAAGCGAAAAAAAAAGUGCCACGGUAGACCGAGCCUUUCAGAUAUUGGCUGAUCCCGCAGUAAACGGCAUCACAAUUGAGGCUUUAAAGAGAGCUUGUGCUGCACAAAAAGAGAAUUGGACAGAGCCGCAAAUCUUGGAAAUGAUGAAUGAAGCAGAUCGUGACCAUGAUGGAAUAGUAGAUUCGAAAGAUUUCGAAGCCCUGUGCAAAAGAGCGGGCAUAAUUUAG